GCGGCCGGCCCCGCGCGGCGAUGGGGCGCCGGGGCGCGCGGCGCGGCGGGUAGAGCGAGGCUGGGGCGCGCCCGGCGCCGCGCGGGAGGCCCGGCCGCAGGCUCCAUACAUUCUCGGCUCCAUGGUCCUGAAAACACUUGUAUUAAGUCCCUGUUGAAGUAAAGACGGUCAUCCAGGAGAAACUUACAGAUAGCAUAAAUCUUCGUAGACAACUUGGCUGCAAGCAGUUAAACCGAAAUUAACUUCUGCCUUCUGGCCGCAGAGUGCUAGUCUGACGUUCCUGCCUGACACUCUGCAGACUAAAUCAUGCCAGCGUUAUCAGCUGGAUCUGGAAGUGACACAGGUCUGUACGAGCUGCUGGCUGCAUUGCCAGCCCAGCUGCAGCCACAUGUGGACAGCCAGGAAGACCUGACCUUCCUCUGGGAUAUGUUUAGUGAAAAAAGCCUUCAUUCACUGCUGAAGGUUCAUGAAAAACUGCAUUAUUAUGAAAAACAGAACCCAGUGCCCAUACUCCAUGGUGCAGCAGCCUUGGCAGAUGAUCUGGCUGAGGAGCUGCAGAGCAAGCCACUGAGCAGUGAGAUCAGAGAACUGUUGAAACUCCUCUCAAAACCCAAUCUCAAGGCUUUGCUCUCUGUACAUGAUACUGUUGCUCAGAAGAACUACGAUCCUGUCUUGCCCCCCAUGCCUGAUGAUAUUGAUGAGGAAGAAGAUUCAGUUAAAAUAAUCAGGCUCGUCAAAAACAGGGAGCCAUUAGGGGCUACAAUUAAAAGGGAUGAGCAGACUGGUGCAAUUGUGGUGGCCAGGAUAAUGCGUGGAGGAGCUGCAGAUAGAAGUGGUCUUAUUCAUGUUGGUGAUGAACUGAGGGAAGUCAAUGGGAUUCCUGUAGAUGAUAAAAAACCAGAAGAAAUAAUACACAUUUUGGCUCAGUCUCAAGGAGCAAUUACAUUUAAAAUUAUACCUAGUGUGAAGGAAGAAAUGCCAGUGAAAGAAGGCAAGAUGUUUAUCAGAGCCCUAUUUGACUAUAAUCCUAAUGAAGAUAAAGCAAUCCCUUGUAAAGAAGCUGGACUUGCUUUCAGAAAAGGAGAUAUCCUUCAGAUCAUGAGCCAGGAUGAUGCAACCUGGUGGCAGGCCAAACAUGAAGGUGAUGCCAAUCCCAGAGCAGGCUUGAUCCCUUCAAAGCAUUUCCAGGAGAGGAGAUUUGCACUAAGAAGACCAGAAGUGCAGAUUCAGCCACUGAAAAUUUCCAACAGAAAAUCAUAUGAGGAAGCGGUUGAGUGUGAGGAAAUUGAAGAAGAUGCUGAAUGUGCUGGUCACAACAGUGGAUCCCAUCUAGCUGGUUUUAGAAGAAGCUUUCGCCUUAGCAGAAAAGAUAAAAAAACAAACAAAUCAAUGUAUGAGUGCAAGAGGAGUGAUCAGUAUGAUACAGCAGAUAUCCCCACGUACGAAGAAGUUGCAAAAUACAGACGGCAACCUCAUGACAAAUACAGGCUCGUCGUUUUGGUUGGCCCUGUAGGGGUUGGACUCAAUGAACUUAAACGGAAAUUGCUGAUCAGUGACACCCAGCACUACGGGGUAACAGUGCCACACACUACCCGACCGAAGAGAAGCCAAGAAAGUGACGGUGUCGAAUACAUUUUCAUUUCUAAGCACUUGUUUGAGACAGACGUGCAGAAUAACAAGUUUAUCGAGUAUGGCGAGUAUAAGAACAACUACUAUGGUACAAGUUUAGACUCUGUUCGAUCCGUUCUAGCUAAAAACAAAGUUUGUUUGUUGGAUGUGCAGCCUCAUACAGUGAAACACUUACGGACAUACGAAUUUAAACCAUUUGUUAUAUUCAUAAAGCCUCCAUCACUUGACCGCUUGAGAGAGACCAGAAAAAAUGCCAAGAUUAUUUCAAGUAAAGACGAUAAGGGAACUGCAAAACCCUUUACAGAAGAAGAUUUUCAAGAAAUGAUUAAAUCUGCCCACGUGAUGGAGAGCCAGUAUGGCCACCUUUUUGAUAAGGUGAUAGUCAACGAUGACCUUGCUACAGCUUACAGUGAGCUUAAGACAACUUUUGACAGGCUGGAGACCGAGACCUUCUGGGUUCCUGUCAGCUGGCUCCAUUCAUAAUGGUUUAAAUGGACAAAACAUCUGCUGUUGUCUCAGCAUCUAAAUGCGGGGCAUGGUUAGGCAUUACUUGAUGGACAUUUCCUUGGUAGGCUUUCUAACUCCACCUGAGCAGCAGGUACACUCUUCAUGCACUUGGAACUGGUCUUCUUUUCCUGUCUUCAAUCAUCCUGUCCUCAAUUUUCGGCAGAACCCAGUCAGAUUAAACCAAAGUCUUACUGUGCUCCAUAAAAGGAGCUAAUACUAGUCAAAAAAACCUGCCAAACACCUCAAUCAUUAUCUGAGUAUUUCCAAGCUAAGUUUUUCUUAAGAGAUUUUGCAGAAGAUACUAAUUAAUACUGGAGAUCAUCACUUUGCUGGGUUUAUGCAUAACUGUUCCAGUAAAGAGCACAUCAGCACUUGGAAGUUAUUACCCAUUAAGUGCUUGAAAGAACUGAAAUAGACAAAAGUGACCAACAUUUUUAUGAGGAAGACAUCAUAAUUUUAACUAUGUAUCAAGAUCAGUGUUUUUACUUUUCUAGAUGUGGACCUUGUCUUAUAUGUACAGAGUGAUUUUAGUAUUCCUUUGCACUUACUCAUGGUAAGAGAGAUGUAUUCAGUGGCUUAAUUGUGAAAUAUAAUGCUGUGAGCAUGCAUGGACUGAAAAUAUUUUCAUGCAUGCUUUGUGGCACAACAAAGAAAACUCAUGGGACUAUUUUUAAAUAGGGAAAAAUAUGAGUUACUAUGUAUAUAAUUUCAAAGUUUUUGGGAUUAAUCUUUUGUAAAAUCAGUGGCAAAGUGGUAUGAAUAGCAACAAAGGAGAGAGUAACUUUUUUUCCCCUUCAAUUUACCUAAAACAUAUUUGGUAUCCAUUAGAACAGUUUUUCCCAUCAGAAAUUUUCAAACAAUUAGUGAGGAAACCUUGGAGAUUUGGGAAGCAAUUGCAAGAGAUUAAUUCUUUAUGUUGUUUAGUAUGUAAUGAUGCUUCUUAAUAGUGCAACUGAUAUUUUCUCUCCACUCAAAAAUAAAUUAAUGCUGUAGACUUCACUGUAAAAAACAUCUUUGUCACUGAUCAGACACAGUUAGAGACUUCAUUUUAAAAUUUGAUGUCACAGUGUAAGCAAAUGUAUAUUAGAUGAUGUAUUUUAAUAGACAUAAUUUGGUAUUUUUCCUUAUUUACUACUGAUCUGCAGGAAAUGAGUCCAUCUGUAAAGACCAAGUAACACCUGUGUGUUGUGUUGUGAAUAUGUCUUGUGAGUACAGAAUGUGUAUAGGAACUUGCUGCCUUCAGAUCGUCACAUCUGUGGCAUUUGAACAGGAAACCAUGACUUCAUGUUCAUCUGUAAAGAGAAUAGAGCUGUCUUGUUUAAAGAAACAAAGAAUUUAGUGAAACUAUAUAUUUAUGAAAGGGUUGAAAAGGGAUGUUAAGUUUUUUUAAUUUCUUGUCAAUGUGUUUGUUUGCUAAGGAGAUUACUAAGUCUGUCAUUUGAAACACUGUCUCUGUAUAUGGAGCUCAACAUUCCAUGUAAAUAUUUUAUUUCAGUUCAUAUGCUGAUAAAGCCAUCAGAUUUUGCAGUUUUGUUCUAAAUGUGUAAUUAAUACAUGGGUCAUUGCAUUUGGCUUAGAGUCGUUCAAAGUAAAUGAAAUGCAAGCAACAACAGCAAAAUCCCUAGGAGUCUGGGAAUGCUUAUGCAAGAGUUACAGAUGUACUCUAUCCCUGUAUGGAGACACGCUCUGCUUGAGCAGCUAUCGCGUAACUUUUGUCAUAUUUCACUGUUUCCCUGGUGGACUUAGACUUUUCUUGUAACAUACAUAGAAAUUUGUUGUUUAAAUUAAUUGCAUGGAGAUAUUUGAGUUGACAAAAUGUUUUCUAUUUUUUUUCAUUACAGAAAAUCAAACUAUUUUUCAGAGUAUCUGGAAUGCGGUGGGUCUGUCUGCCUUUGCCUGUGAGAUCCCAAGUGCCCUCGCCAUCUCUUGCAACGAACCCAAACCGAGAGGGCACUCGGCAUCUCUCAGGAUCUGGCCACUUCCAACAGGAGGGGCUUUAGUCCUUACUGAAACACUUAACACUGCUUCUGACCUGGGCUGUCUCAGAGCAAUAGUGCACAAAACCACUCACAUAGGGGACCUGCUUUUCUCUUUAAGAAAUAGAUGCUAGAAUAAUCGACAAACUCCCUGUUAGAAACGGUUCUGGUGGUCCUGCAGGCUGUUUUUCUUGUCCUUUUGAAAUUAAUUUCAUUCCCAUUCCUGGGUCAGUGUGGUCUAGGAGGACCUUCUCCAACAGGUUUGCUGUGCUGGGCAGCAGUAAGUAGUGCAGUGCUUUGCUGCAUUUACAGACACUGACCCUCUGAUCCUCAGUGCAGUCCUGGCAGGAGUUUCCUAGACUGAUGGCUGCCUGCCCCAUCUCCAAGCCAGGAGCUAAUUCCUGAAUUGUAACACCUGCAAAAGAAAGGGAAUCACAAAAACAUAAAUGCAAACCCAACCAACAGAGUAAAAUGUGCACACAGUCUUUGAGGAGUGAGAAGUAGUUUUAAUGAAAUUACUAGAUUGCUCUUGAAAAUCAACAUUAUUGUAGUGUUUGCAUAAAAAAACAACCCAAUCAAAGCCACUGGCCUCCAUGAGGCAGGCAGAGAUACUAGUAGGUCAAGGCAGAAAAAUACCUUAACCCAACAGUUUCAGUGGGACAGGAGCCUGCUUAUCGUGAUGGACACUGAGACCAUGUGCUGAAUUGUUCUGGGAUAUUGGGGGCGGGAGGGGGCGGUAAGGGGGGCAGGGAAGUGUUCCUUUGACUCCUAAGAAUUUGGGAAUGAAGAAAACUAAACAUGUUUCCAAUAUUCCACAUAUUCAAGUUGUGCUGUGUGGGUUUUUAGAGAACUGUAUGUUUUGACAGUCAAGUCCAGAUGUUUUUAUUGUGUUUUAGCUGUUUGCCAUAGUCAAACAAAUGGUAGUAUUUUUUAAUAUUGUACCAAGUUCUGUACUUGAAUUUGCCAUCAGGUCUUCUGUUGAUGUCUUACCUGAAAUCUGAUCUUACCUUCUUAUGCAAAACAAUAAAUUAUUGAUAUAUCA